AUGAGGAUGAUGAUUCACCAUCCUCCUCAAGGAGGCAAUGAAAUCCAUGCCAAGGGUCCUUCUCAUCACGACGAGAUGUUUCUCCUGAUGAUACUAAUGCUGGGUCCGGUGAUCUUGUCUCUCCCACCCGUGACCUUAUCGGCUCUCUGGAAAGGCUCCCUUUGGGUGCUGUUGGGGCUGAUUGUGGCCACAACCAUCAUGUCAUUGCUGUUCCUGGCCUAUCUCGUGUUGAGUUGGCCUGUCAAGCGCAAGGUUCAGCCGAUGCGUGCCGUCGCCUUUCAGCCAGAAAUGGUGCCUGAAAAGUUGGAUACAAUUGUGAUUGGCUCUGGAUCGGGGGGAUCUACCACUUCCAGUCUCUUGGCGCAAUCGGGACAGCGUGUUUUGGUGUUGGAGCAGCAUCCCACAGUGACCGGUGGAUGCACUCAUAGCUUUCGAGAGCAAAAUUGCGAAUGGGACACAGGCUUGCACUAUACUUCAAAAGCAAUGGGCCAGCCAACGGCUCGUUCUGGAGCUAUCAUGGAUUUUGCUUCUCAUGGCUUUCAGGAGUGGACUGCGCUGGAGGAUCCAUAUGAUGAAAUUGUCUUUCCAGCGGAUAACCACGUCAAGAAAGGUGCUCCCAAUCACAAGACGUAUCCGUUUGUCAGUGGAGGUAUGGAAACGGUGGACAGAAUCAUGGAACGCAUUGACCCAGACAAUGAGACUUUGCGCUUGAGGGCAAUGGUUUACAUGGACGUGUGCAACGAUAUCCACGAUGGAUUUACAGCUCUGGGAAUAUCACGCAUCCUACCCAAUUCUCUGCAGUUUCUGGUCCAGGAGAAGGUGGAUCGACUGAUGAAGUAUGCUACCUUGACAGUGAGGGAUGUUCAACAUGCUGUGCUGGCAUUGGGCUACUCCAAGGAAAAGUUGUUGGCAGAGUAUCAGGAAAUUCCCAAGGCCCCUGAAGGCAUCGAGCCCGAUACAUCCAUACGCAGACUCAAGGCCGUCCUAACCCAUCCUAUUGGGGAUUACGCUGUGCAACCUCGUGAGGCGACGAUGGCUGCGCACGGCAUCACCAUGGCACACUAUAUGGACGGUGGUUCGUAUACAGUUGGGGCCACACAGAAAAUCUCCAUCCGAUUGACUAGUAUGGUUCGUGCCUAUGGCGGGGAAGUCUUUGUCGAUGCUACGGUCAGGGGCAUCAUUGUGGAGAAUGGCAGAGCUGUUGGGGUCCGCGUCAGUAGCACCUCGGCAUUAGCCGAAUGCAACUCGGAGGAGGAGAAGCUAUUGGUUCCAGAAACAGAGAUCUUCGCCAAGAAUGUCGUCUGCGCAACGUCUGUCUAUAAUUUAUACAACAAACUGCUGCCACAAGACCUUCCUGUAGUCAAACGCUUUCAGCAACCAACUGAGCGCUCCAUCAGGCAGAGCAAUGGGCAUGUGUUCUUGUUCUGUAAGAUCAAAGGAGAUCCCGACGAAUUGGAUCUGCCAAAGCACAACCUGUGGUACUUUAACGGAUAUGGUAUUGACGAGGCGUUCGACUCAUAUAUGCAUCAGCCUUGUCAAGUGCGCCCUCCCACCGUUUACAUUGGGUUCCCUUGCACGAAGGACACUAAAUGGAAGCGCCGAUUCCCUGGCAUCAGCAACUGCAUCAUGAUCAGUGAUGGACAAUACGAGUGGUUUGAGAAAUGGAAGAACAUGCCACCGAGGCACCGGGCACCCGAGUACGAGGCCUUCAAAGAGGAGUUGCGGGUGCAUCUCAUGGAUAUCUUGCUAGAGGCAGUACCUCAAGUGAGGGACAAAGUAGAGUUUUAUCACUUGGGCACUCCCCUUACAGAAGUAACCUAUUUGUCGAGCUAUCGCGGUGGCAGCUAUGGUACCUUCUGCAACCAGGAAAUGUUUAAGCCCAUCAAUAGGAAGUGGACCACAACUCCUCACACUUCCGUCCCAGGUUUGUUCCUUUCUGGAUCCGAUGCGUUCCUUCCGUCUGUUGUCGGGGCAAUGUAUGGCGGCAGCCUUGGGGCCUGCGCUGUGCUGGGACACAUUGGUACCCUUCGCCUAUCAUUUGCUCUGUUGAGCAACUUGUCGAGGAGGUUGCGGGAAGAUGAUCCCAAACUCACAUGGGUCCGCUCACUCUAUGUGGCAGUGAAGAAGUUCACAUCCAACGAAUAA